UAUUCUGUUAAUUUUAAUUUAUUUCUCUUUUUACUCUUAUACAAAAAAACCAAACUACAAUCCCUGAGGCAUGCUGCGGAAGAAAUGAAAAGUAAAACCAUGACAUUGAAACAGCACAGUGGACAACAGCUCGCAUUAGAAGAAGCGGUAGUAAAUCUAUCUACCAUUAGCAUAAUAUCUACAAUUAACAACACUAGCAUCACCAACCCGGUGUUGUGGUUAUGCUUCUGGUAUAAACACUGGCCAUUCUACGGAUGGACUCUCUCCUCUCGUGUCUACCGUAUGCCAUCCAUUGUGGCGCACAUAACACAAGCAACGUUGUUUGAGGUUUUAACCGAGAUGACAACAUUUUUCCAGCCUUCUUGCACGUUCCACUUUCCAUCGAUCGUCAAUGCAAACCAUGGUGGCGUGCCGUUCAUCUGUAACAGCUGGUACGACAUUACCAUUUCGCACAAAAUGACUUCCUUCCUGUGGCUUGUGCUGAUGGGCACCAUCUUUAUGGGGGGGGGGGAGGGAUGUAGUCGUACCCACGCAAAAACACCCUUCACCCAGCACUAGUCAAUUAAAAUCCAAUAAAGAACGCAACGGACUGCUAAAGAAGUUAGCCUCAUGUUCCACAAAAAAACGGGGGAAGAGUUGUGUGUAGAAAUGAAAUUUUUGGCGCCUGGCGGAAAAUGUAGCACACACAGGCGCGAAGGAAGGAAAGUUUUACACACAGACGCUGCUUGUACAAGCAAUUGUGAACGGGUGCCCAUCGUCAGCUAACACAAUUCCAAAUGUAUUUCAAUACAACAAAGAAACAAGUAAGAAAUAAAGUGGUUCAAAGAUGUCAAAAAAAAUAAUGUGUUCAAAUUAAGUUGAUGAGAAGAGAUGAAAAAUGAAGCAAAAAACAGUACUAAUUGCAUACGGAAAUUAAAUGUUUAAAUUCAAAAAAACGUAUUUAAAAUAUUCUCCACAAGGGAAAACGCCUUCUUUACACACUUGAUUGUCAUGUCUGCUUUUCUUUUCUUCUUCUUUUAGUGACCAACAGUUGUGUUGGUUUUAAAAUUAAUCUUUCCACCUUUAAAUACCCUUGUCAAUCCCAAAAGGAUCUAACUACGUUGUGUUGCUUCGCCUUUUAUUUUGUUUUUGUUUAAAUUACCUUCUGCUUGUCGUGUUCUGCUGUUACUUUAUCUUCAUUUCUUCAUUACCAUAAAUUCCUGUCAUUUUUCUUUUUCGUUUUCUGUUGCAUUUGCUGCGUUCUUGUUCUGCAGGGAUGCUGCGGAAACUGUUGCUCAAGAAGAACCCGGAAAUAGGGAACCGUUCGCGAAACGGUACGUGAGCAGAAAUGGAAAUUGUUCCUUUUCUUUCUUGCCAUGGACGCUAAUUUUGUUUGUAUGUUUUUGUACAGUUUCAUACAGGCUUUAAAUGUCCACAGGACCGAACGCCAGCAGUGUAAACGGGACGGUCGAGCUGGAGUCUAAUUUCUGAUGUCGGGUAUGUACCAUUGCCAAAAUGGUUCGUCGAGCUUCCGGGCUUUAAUGGUCGUGUGACGUCGGCACCGAUCACGUUCCAAGCAGUCGGAAAAGGAGACAACCGUGUGGUUCCCUGACGUCAUCAGCGACACACCCACCGCUACAUCUGCACGACACAGUUCUUCUGCCUGUCCACAUCCCGCCGUAGACUACUUGCCUAAUGGAACGUGAAUGAUUUAUUGACCUUUUGCGAAGACGCCGACCGGUGGAUGGUGAGCUCCAUCCACGAAUGGAAGGAUGAAGAAUUUUAUUAACCACCUCUCCAGUCCCCAUCCUCGCUCUCUCUUAGCCUCUUCAUCCUUUCAAGCCAAAAUAGGCUUUUCUCGUUGUCUUACCGUUCCUCUUGCGUUCUCGAGUUUUGUCUUCGUCACUUUUCCAGACGAACUGUCACGUGGUUUUUGCUGUGUUGUGUGCUAGAAAACAUACAUUUUAUUCUAUUUCGCUCGUUUUACCCACAUAAAACAUCGUGAUGUCCAAUAUUGACUGAAGGUAUCCUAAAACCCACCAGUACAGACGCCGGUUUUACCAAUAUGUGCCUCUUUUCAUCUCCUAAAGGCAUCUUCAGAAUAUUGUCCCAGAUAGUAUCACUUUUGUUUUUGACGGGUUUUUCUCACCUUCAUGUAAAUUUGGUGAUUGUAUUUGGCAGUUCCGUUUGGACCACCUCUAACUACACUGAGUAACCAGACACGGCGAUAAGAAAAUGAUGCAAAGCACGAACGAACUAAACGCGAACAGAACCCAUUAAUCAGUUCACCUCCCCUCAAACACACAUAGAGACACCCACCCCUAAGGGGUGGUUUCAUACCGAGAGGUGAACGAUUUACGAUGGCAGUUGACAUAUGUGUCAAUCCGCGGUUUAUCUUCUAACCGGCCGCCGAAGGACGAUCGGGCUUUUAUAUCCUUUCUUUCUUGGCUCGCGCCGGUGGACGAGUUUUUGCUCUUGACAUAAUUAAUGAUUCGUGACUUUUCGAUCUAAACCGAGCCAGGCUUUUUUCUCUCCCAGUUUUGUGGAUGAUUGGCCACCAUCGUUUCGUGCAAGAUGAGACUGAUUCGAUGGUAAUUUUAGUGCUCACUCAUCAAGAACUUUUUGGUUGAAAACCACCCACCCAUCGGUUUUGGGUUGCGUGCGAAUGUAAAGCCAAUUGUUUCUGUUCCUUUGCGCUAUUGUUUGCCAAUGCCACUGCCAACCGAUGCAAAUUAACUGAGCGAGUUGCCUUGGAAAAAGCGCAAGCGGUAGCAUAAUUUAAAUUAUGGCAAAUUUCGCCCACUCUGCUCACCCGCGGAUAAAGAACGGAACCAGGAACCUCAUUAAUUUGUGAUUUAAUGUUCUAAUGAAAAAUUUAUUGCCUUUUUCGGAAAUCUGCAUUCCCGAACCCACCGUUUACGGCCAUCGCGUACUAAUCAACCGUGCCUACCGGGAUAUGGGAGCAUGAGGAUAAGAAGGUUUUUGCUUCCUGCUUUAAGCGAAAGCGGAAGUCAUUUUGUACGGCUUUUCGGCAGGGGGGGCUGAGGGGGCCGGAAGAAGGUUGGAGAAAUGUGAACUGAUAAAACGCAACUCCUGCCUAGUGGAGUUCGAUUCCUUUCCGACGCACGUGUCGUCGGAAAAAAAAGGUUCAUCUAAGGGGUGGCAAGCGCGAAAUUCGUUCAUUCGAAAUGGGGAUUGUUCAUGACAAGUUCAUUUCGUUGCGAGAGAAAGAGAGCGAGAAAAUGUCGAAUCGUUUUGUAAACAAGUGCACAAAUAGCUAUACGGAGUGAAGGUAUUUCCGGAAGAAAUUUCAUCAAAUGGAAUUUAAAACUGAGAGUUUGUUUUUUUAAUUUGCCAGACCACUUUCACGUGACUGAAGAAUUUUAAUUUUUUAGUAGAAAAUAAAAUAAAUAGUCUUACUUUUACUGAGAUGACUAUUAAAACAUAUAAUCAUAAAAGGAAAAGAACUAAAAGAAGUGAAAAACAAAUAAUUGCAAAAGCAACGUCCAAUAGUGUUUGCAGAAGAAAGAGAUUAAUGCAAAAAUAUUUAAAUGCAAUAACAACAGUGAUUAUGCAGUUUGUAGCGUGCAACUAAUACACAAAAAAAAAGAAGUGCACAAAUCCCCAACACCGCAACACCCCAACAACACCGCACAAAUCCGCUCUUGUGCUCCGCGAAACAAUAUUUAUCCAUUGGACACACACACGCACACACGGGAGCACGUUCGCACCCUCCAAACGAUGACGGGUCACGGGGGUAGUAGCGCAUACCUACCCAAUCCAACCCAAGCCAAGAUGCUAACCACAUAACAAAAGUUGAAAGAAAAAAAAAUAAGAAGAAAGCAAAAACUAGACAAAGCUUUCGCUGGCCCACCAUCAUCCACCCUGGUGGAGAUGUUGUCCAAAGAACAGUUACUUUUCCGCUGCUGCUGAUGAUGAUGAUGAUGGCGACGACGACGACAACAACUUCGUGGAACUCACCCCUAAAACACUGAGUUCUGCCCGAAUGGAAGACCGGUGGCGGCGAGUGACUCGUAUGUCGACGAGAGCGUAUGUCAACAUAAUUUUUCCCGACGCCACCACGACCGUUCGGAUGCUGUGAGUGUCGAAUUGUCUCCAAUUUGUUGCCAACGCGAGCUGAGAGAAAAUGCUCGAUUCGCCUUUUUCUCACCGGAUGAGCGAGCGCGAGAAAACACGCCCGAAGGAUGCAGCACGGUUGACCGGUUUGGGAAAUGUUAUCCUGACGGUCGCUUUAUCUGUGUUGCGGCUCUCGAAGCGAGCGCAUUCACAACGGAAAAGUGGUACCGGAAACCCAUUCAAAACCGUCUCGCCUAAAGUGUAGCUAUUAAAAAUUUCAAACGCAUUUAUUUUGGGCACGCGUAUUUUGGUGACAGAAACAAACAAAAAUUAAAAAAUUAAUAAAAAUGGAAAAAUAGUUUGUAACAGUGAGAAAAUUCGAAGAAAAUGUUAACACGACCGAUUAUACCAGCAAAGUUCGUCUUAAGAGCCGACCGUUAAUCAGCACCGAAGUCUCACGCGGAUCGCGAUCGCGAUGGAGCAGCUGGAAGCGCGAGACGAUCGGUUCGGCAAGCGCGCGCGAGUGGCUAUCCGUUGGCCAUGCUGCAUCGCCACCCAUCGAAGGAGUGUACACCAAACCGUGCAGAGUGCGCCACAAGUUAGUCACCUGUGAACGUUCGAGCCAGCCGGAGCAAAACAUACGGCGCUGCGUUAGCUGUCUGGCAUUUUACGCACAUUCCUCUCGAGCGGGAGCGAUCGUGUGAUCGGUUGCAAAGUGUGUAUUUUUUACGUGGUAUGUGUGUGUGUGUGACGUGAGUGUAGUAAAAGAGAAGAAGAAAAAGAAGAAAAAAAACAACCCCCCAAACACACACACGCGCUGGUAUGAGUGUUCGAUCAACGUGUGAGAAGAUAACACCAACCCGGCAGCCGGGCAAAGCAUAGGGGCGAAAGAAAAGAAACAAAAACGGGAACGUUGGCCUUCUUCGGUGCAAGAGCGAAUGAAGCAACGGGAUCUACCCGAAGGUGAACUACCCAUUCUUCGUGUGCGUGUGUGUGUGCGCGAGCGGGCCCGCUCGCGAUUCAGCCACUAUUCCGGGAUGUUAGGUGAAAACGGGCGUUCGUUGCUUACGGCUAGUUGAAGUUUUUCCCUCGAAACCGUCGUUCGAUCGGUUCGGAAAUUAGUAGCUAGAGCCUUUGGAUGGUUUAUUCGAUCGUUUUACAAAAACGGUGCGUGUGUGUAAUUGUGUUGGAGUGUUUUUUUUUUCAUAUAAAUGUUGCUGCUAGGAAAAGAAAUAAAAUGCCAUUUUAGUUUUAUCGCUUGAAAACUUUCGAACGACAAGUGGGUUGUGGAAAAAAAGCAAUUUCUGAGGUUUUGCUUUUCGUGGAAUUAUUCUCUCCUCGGGAUUCUCGUGAUGCGUCGAUCGAUAGUUUGAUGGUGGCAUCACACGCGACACAGGUGUCCUCAAUAUUUUUUUCUUCCAACAAAGAAGAACCAAAAAAAAUACCGUUAACGAUUGAAUUCUUUCCUCGAUCUUUCUGCAGAUUGCAUCAGCACGGUAAAGAACGUGUCGGAAUUUCGGUACAGAAAAAAAAACAGAACCACCAUACGCCUUCAUCCAAACUUUCCCGAUUGAAACGAUCACAAACAAAUGUAUGUAAAAUAAAUCCCCACACGGUGGGUGAGAACGUAUUACACCGGGGCGACAUAUCGUGUAGUGUGGAAUUGUUUCUAAGUGAAGUUAAUCAGCGUGAUCAUAACCAACCAUUAGCCGUUGCGUUUUCAAUUGCAAAGUGUCCAACAACAAGCGCGGUGAUUUGAUUCAAUUCAUAAAGUGUGUGACUCGGGGUAGAUCUCUCUCGCGCCAGGGGGUAGUGCGUUUGUUGCGUUGUGGAAGAAGUGAAACAGGGCGGGAUGGGUUUUUUUUUUUGGUUAGUGAAGAAGUAAGAAGUGAAGCGUAAGCAGAGUUUUAUGUAUUUAUUAUUGUUUUUUUUUGCGCGCGACGUUGUUCGUGUUACCUAUCUUCCGAUAGCAAAACAGGUCUCGGUAAAAUCUUGGCACAGCUGAUCGUAUCGGUGCUCUCGGUUACAAUAACAUAAAACAAGUGAUUCAGGUUAAGUGUCGUGGAGGGGGUGUGUGUUCGUAAAUUGGAAAGCAUCAUCAGCAUCCCGAAAGUCUGCCACAGUGCGUACAUAGCUCAACGAUUCAGUGAUUUACGGUUUCAAAGAAAACAACAGCAAGGGCUGCGGCAGCGGAAAACGACAGAGCUAAACGGUGCGCACUCUACUUCCAACGACCAACUUUUCAUCAUAACAACGAAAACAGCUCGCUGGGAGUGACCCGAGCAACCAUCAUCUGAGAUUGUCGAACCAGAAGCGCGUACCAGAACCAUUGAAUGGUGGCAUCGAACCAACGAUAGGAACAACCAGAGCGACGGUAGAAAGAGGAGAAAAAAAACCCACCCAUUCCUGCAAGUCGGUUGCAGUUUCACGGUGCAUCGAAACGAAAGCGAAUCGCUCAGUUUCGCCGCUGUAACGAUCGUCCGGCGGAAACGAAAUAGAUCGCGAACGGUGCAAGAACUAGUGCGCGAACACACCGAGACCGUCUACUCGUCGCUUCGGCGAACGAACCGUUCCGAAAGGUGGGCGUCGUUGCACACCUUGUGCGGUGUGAGCUCGCGCGCUAAUCCGGUGCUGAACCUGCAACAGGACAGAUCCUCACUGCUAGCGAGCAGAGUAACGCAGUAACGAGAGAGUUCCAAACCUUAUCCGGUUCCGCGGAGGUAACUCCUGCGUGAAACCCCCCCACAAGAAGGUCACGUACAGGAAGAUUCUAUCGACCACCCUUCCUGAUGUCCGAUCGGUGAAAGAGUGGUGCUGAAGUUGGUGCUGAAGAAGGUGCUGCAAUCUUGGGCAAGAAGCACCAUUACGAAUCCGUAUGCCGCGGUAAAGGCACAUCGAUCGUUUACGUUUUGUGUUUAGUGUUGUUUUGUUCGUUAUAGUACGUACCUGGGUCACGUCAUGUUACGACGCGGUACUAGUGGUUGGUGGAUGUCGGUAGCCCUGCUGAUGGUGCUUACCGCCCGGACUACCGUGGUGGCUCAGUGCCCCUGGCAGAGGGAGGUACCCGAUCUGCAGAACUCGUGCUUAUGUGCCUACAACCUCGGACAGGAGCUGUCCGUUCAAUGUGAUCAAGUUGAUUUUCCGUUGCUAGUGGAAGCCUUAGACAAGUACGCGCGGGCGACACCGCUCGAUCUGCUGUACGUGAACAAUUCGACGAUCGAACAGCUCGAAGGUAGCUUGUUCGUCAAUUUGAAGCUGCACAACGUCCAGCUGAGCAGCUGCAAAAUGCGACGCAUCGACGAAAAAGCAUUCCUGGGACAGGAGAGCGUGCUGAAGAACCUGAAUCUGCAGGAUAAUCUGCUGGAUGAGGUGCCUAUCCGUGCACUCAAACCACUCACCAUCCUGAACCUACUCGAUCUCUCGAAGAAUCGGCUGCACGGUGUACCAAACGAUGCUUUCGUUGGAUUGCGCAAACUGUCCACACUGAAGCUGUCCGAUAACAACGUCACACUCGCGCCAUUUGCCUUCCGUGGACUGGAGGCGAGCCUGAAAAACCUUAACCUGAAGGGCACCAAGCAGAAGCGUGUCCCUGAGGCGGUUCGUGGUUUGCGUACGCUUGCCUUUCUCGAUCUUUCGCAGAAUGGCAUUCGGGAAUUGCCCGGUGGUGCGGGCGUCAAAUCGUUUGAUGGAUUGGACGCACUAACCGCACUCAAUCUCGAACGAAACCUCAUCCAAAGCCUUGGCGAGACGGCAUUUUCGGGCGUACGUAAGACGCUCAGUUCUUUGAGUUUGCUCAAUAACUUGCUGGCUGAGUUCCCGGUCGGUGCGAUCCAUUCGUUGCGCGAACUGCGCGUGCUGGAUAUCGGUUUCAACCUGCUUACCGCAUUGCCCGAGACGGCGUUCCGAGGGAAUCCAGCCGUAACGUUGUUAGCCCUCGAUGGAAAUCCACUACCAACCGUGCCGGAGAAAGCACUAGCUCAUCUGAAUCGAACGCUUAGAGGUCUUUCACUAGGUGGUCGCUUCCUACACUGCGACUGCAAGUUGCGCUGGGUAGCCGAAUGGAUCCGUAAUGGAGAUUUACAGGUAACAUCACGCGAACGUAAUCCACAGUUCUGUGGUUCUCCCAAUCGUUUCCGGGAGCGUGGUUUUUACUCCAUCCAACCGGAGGAACUAACCUGCCCAGAGUCGGAAGUGGCGCUCGAAGGUCCGGUCGGUUUGGUUGACUCGCUGCAGCCAAAAACGACCACAGCGCGUACUACGACCGCAUCAUCCACCAUGACCACACUCCUAACACAAAUGACUACGCUCGGUGGUACAACGAACGUUACGAUUGUUGCCACAUCACCCUCGACAACAACGCCCCAAGGUUCUUCAACGAACGCGGCAGAAACACAGUCUUCCAACAGUUCAACGGCACAAACCAGUACCACACCGACUACAACGACACCGCCAACAACGAAACCAUUGACCACCGGUUCAGCGGCUGCGGCAAUUACCACAACCACGACAUCCAAGACACCAGCGACCAAGAAUUGGCGAACGAACGGUAGCAGCAACAAUUCGCCUCCACAUAAACAGCGGCCUCCGCUCGUACUUGGUUUUCCACCUCAGCGAGGUACCCAGAUAGACGACUCCAAGGAAGUGCAAGUGAAAAAUGCUUUCAGUUCGCGACAGGAUAACUCGGUCAUCAUCCAGUGGGACUCCGAUACGGCAAACAUCCUUGGUUUCCGUGUGGUCUAUCGUCUGUUUGGCGAUAAGAGCUUCAAACAGGGCCCACCGUUAGAGGCUAGUGAGCGAGAGUUCAAGAUCAAGAACGUACCGUCGGCCGAGUGCAUCAUCGUGUGCGUGGUGUCACUCGAGGAGAUCAAUGUAACGCCCGACACCGUGCCUUACACUCAGUGCCGGGAGGUGCGUACCGUUGCCUCGCCAGCAUCCAAUAUGGACAAAAUCACGAUUGCUGCCAGUGCUGCCAUCUGUGGCACGAUCAUCGUAGCGGUGAUCGUCUUCAUCGCCGCCAGCAGGAUUCUUUUCAGAAGACGCUCGAAGAAACUGCAGUCCUUGUCGCAGCAAAAGAGCGCACUGCCCAUCGCUGGCCUCCCAGUUAACUGCUGUGGUCCGACGCCCAGCCCGAACGGUCCGCUAGGUUCGCUGGCUACGCUAUCGGCGUUCAACUCGCACAAGGACUGGGACCAGGUGUCGGCAUACAGUGGCCGCUCGAUACCGCGACCACGCAUCUACCCGAUGGAAAACCAAGCCAUCCCGGACGAUCUGCGCAGCCACGUGUCGCACUUCUCGGCUGUCGGAGGCGGAGGUGGUGGUGGUCCGAAGGUAGGCAAGGCACGCUCGAUCGCCGAUGGACAAUCGCACCACAGCUUCUCGAAUCACUCGCAGCGUGGUUACCUCGGUUCGGCCUUCCCGAGCAAUCUGGUUAACUCGCGACCAGACAUUUUUCUUACAGAACUAAGACAGUCUAGACAGUCGCUGGCUGCCGCGUCCGAGCGUAUGUCCAGAGCGUCGUAUGCGGGUUCGAUCGUACACGGACCGGCCCAUAGCAUCGCAUCCAGCACGAGACGCACAAGGCCCCGGUCUCGAUCGCGAGACCAGCUGAGUGGAGCGCACAUUCACACCCAUCAACAUCGUCCUGGUAGUCGCUACUCCACUGCCGGGUCAACGCACACGCUCAACAACUAUUGCGACACGUCCGACAACUGGACCGAUCAUGACAUGGACAUCUACAUGGCGCGCAACCCCACGGCACGCAAUGGCGGUAUGGUACCCUUAUGAGAUCGGCUGCUCGUUUCCUGAUACGGUGAUCCCGCACACGAUUAUGGUGAAGUUUUCUGACAGCGACUACCCGCCGACGGUCCGGUUGUAUCAACCACAACGGACGACCGUCGGACGACAACGACGAUAAUGGUACCGUGCGAUCCGUCCACCACGGAAGCACCACCCGAGUACAGCGAAAUCAACGAGCACGAAACGAUCCCACUGGCAACGAUCCGAUGCAACGAGUAUGGCGGGCCGGUACAUCGUCGUACGGUACCAUUACAGCAACACAAGACGCGUGACUGUCGGCCGAGCACACCACCACUCGAGAGUCUUCUAGUAUCGCCGAGUGGUCCCGGUUACGUCGAGUUGGAAAAUUACUGCAAUCGGCUAAAGGAGAACCUACAGUAUUGAGCUACCAGCGAACGGGGAAUGCGUCCGAAAUGCGUUCCGUUAUGCGUUAAUUUAUCAUUCUUUUCCACCCAAAAAAAAACCCCAUCGCUUGAGGAAAAGGGUUGGCCAGGAGGAUUGUUUGUCUACCAACAGGUGGCAACUGAGGAAUCCCCAAGGGAUUCGACGGUUAGGGCAACGUUAGGCAAUAAAUAUAUUCUUGUAAAACAAGCCGAUCCAUUUGUACAAGCAAACUGGACAGGAUAACACUAUUUAAAAACAUUAAUAGUAGACAUUUCAAUGACCAGUUACGAAUAAUAAGUAUGUGUAGCGGGUUGCAGCAAACAAAAAAAAAACGUUUAGUAAUUUAGACAAUUUAGUCAUUAAGCAGCUAAACACGCAAAACACAGCAAUGUGAGCCUUUUUUUUGGGGGAAUGGAAGAGGGAAAGUAGCCUAAAAGAACAUUUCUUAACGAAUCAAACAAGAACGACUGAAUGUCACAAAAACACAGAAUCAAAUGGUACGGCAAUGGUGGCAUGACACCCACGUGGCUAAGAUUUCAACCGGCAAAGGACAUACAUUUACAUACGCACAUCCACACAUAACUCACAUAUCACCCAGUCGGGGCGGGGAAGUUUAUUAACAAAUUAGAGAGAGAGAGAGAGAAGGAAGAAAAAAAUACACCUAGCAUUAUACACUCGGACAACUCUGCUGCAAAACGGGCAGACAAUUGUUAAUUAGAAAGCAUACAGCGUUUACGAUUCAUCCCAAAAAAAAAAUGGAAUGGAGUAGAAGGAAGGACAUCUAAGGAAGUAGAUGUGCAAACACUUGUUUUGAUGCAUACAAACAUUCGGAGCAAAGCGGGCUUUCCAGUAUGUUACUCACUUCCUCUCAAUUCCCUGUUUUAUUGCUAAAGGGAAAUUGUUUGAACCUUGCGCCGGGCGUCGAGUCCCCGAAAGUGAAGGUAGAGAUGUAACCGCAUCCUGUAAAUAAUCAUCUCAACCAUCCUUUCCCCCCGGGGGGGAGGCGACUGUUGUUUCCUUACGCUUAUCGCAUUUUUUGCUAUCGACCCUUUUUUUGUGUGUUUUAUUUAUUUAUUUUUCGAUCGUUUUAUUUGCUUUUUUUGUUACAUCCUGUUUCUUCCUUCUUUUAUCUUUCCUUCACAUUUAACAAAUGGUUAUAGUGAAACAGUUUCGUUAUUGUUUCUACACAACGAAACAUGCGUACUGUAAAACAACAUUUGACUAAAGGACCAAAAAACGUGUGUUUCCGUCGACAGUCGACAGUAAUAAUGCGAUAUAGGGCAGUAUUUAACCAUCUUUCAGCGAUUGAAAUAACCCAACGUAUGGAACUGAGCGAGUCGAGCGGAUUGUAAAAGCUUUCUACAAACAUUACUUAAAGAACUUAAUUAUCAACACGGUUUUGAGCUUAUCAAACACAUUUUUCUGUAGCAAAAAGAGGAACAUAACGUAGAGACUGUGAGUAAAUUUUGUUUUCACUGCCAACCAUAUCCAUCGUGUACGCGCUUCCUGUCCAUCGUUGGGGUAUUUUAAUUAGAGUUUCAAUAAUAGUUUAGUGGACUCCUUUCGUCACGUUCGUCGUUAAUCUAAUCUACCAAUCAAUCCUUCCUCGAUAAGCAACCCGAAUCGGUAAAAAAAAAAUCAUAUGUAUGCAGUUGUUAAGUUUGUCUGUAAAAACGUAACUCGUUCAUUAUAUUACAGCUCAUAGUGCUAGCAGCGAUAGCCGCACGUCGUUCAGUAGCUAAUGUGCUAACACCUAAGUUUAACAUUUGAUAGUUAACAAAAGCGAAACGAUAAAGCUAACAACAGAUACAGUAUAGUGGAUAAGCAACUUAGAUAAGGUACGACCAAAAUGUAUGAUCGGUUGGUUCGUUUGUUUAAUUUCUGUCCAAACUGCAAUAUAUGUAUCGGUAGAGAAUGAGCAAAUUUCAUUCUAGAGCACGAACACAAUUGUCGAUUAGUAGUGGAAGUAACAUUGAUAUAAUAAUGUAACCAGUAACAUCAAAACAUAGGGUCUAAGUAAAUGGGAUUAAGAUGGUGGAAUUGGAUACGGGAAAAUGGGGGGAAAUGGUAAAAAAAGUUUAAGGUGUACCAAGUAUAAAAUGUACAUAAACCGAUACACAGUUCGAGUGGGCUAACAGGAAAGCCGUUUAAACAAAGUGGAAAUGAAAUAGUUAACCGAUGUGUCCCUACUAUUCAGUGUUGUUUUGUCGUCGUCUAUGUGAAACGGUGUGCAUCGAUUUAGCCAAAAACAACCAAAUGAACGAUAACGAUAAUAAUUCGGUUUCAAACACAUUUUGGUGCAGCAAAAAAAAAACUAAAAGCGAUUCAUCAAUUAGGGUAACGAAAAAUCAAAUCCGUACACCAAAUAUGAUAGGCAAGAGAGAGAAAAAAAAACAAAACGAAGGAAAAAAGAAGGCGCAUCAGCACGAGUGUUAAGCUGUGAAGACAUUGAACUGGUAAAAUAUUUUUUAAAAUAAAAAAAACCAUGCUAAUAUAGAACGAAUCGAAGUACGGCUCGUACGUAACGACCAGUACACGAAUGAUUAGUAUCUAUUUUUGUACGUAAACACAACAGAAAACCACUGGAAAAAAUACUCAGCAUCAGCGUAGAUAAGCAGCGCACACCCUGCACAAUGGUGAUGUUACGCAAAAAAAAAGCAAAAAAAAGGUAGCCUUAUUUCAUUCAAUUCACGCACUGCAUAGUUAGACUGUAGCGUACAUCAAAUUAGCGUAAGGAUAAGAAGACACGAUUGAACAAAACACAUUACAUACAUAAUGCCUUGCAGUGCAGGACAGGUCAAUUGAUUGCUUUGCGUGAUGUAUUAAAACAAUUCCUUACUGUAAGCGACGCCACGUGCCGCGAGACGCGUGGUGACUUAUGAUACUGUCCUAAGUAGUAGGAAACUUAUUGUAGAAAUCGUUACUAGUGUUUGAGUCAAUCUUUUUUCACCCAUUUCUCCGUUGGAAACUGAUGUCAGGUUUUCCGUUGUCGGAAUGUCCCGAAUGUAGCCUUUUGCUCCCUCACACGCCCUUUCACACUUCAUUCCCUUCACAUCACAUCCCACUCGUCCGAUACGAAAACUUGACAUUACAUGAAGACGGGAAAAAAAUGAACACAGUUGAAAGUUAACAUUUGAAAAACGAAACGAAGAUGUUGUAAAGUACACCGCACGUGUACAGCUAAUAAAAGCAUCCAUCGCGUAGUAAGGUAAGAUCGAAACGUAUCGUUAAUAGUAAUAGCCUCCUCCCGGGUUUGGUGUAGUAAUCGAACGAUUUAAUUGUUAAACAACUUCCCUGUAUAUCCCCGUAUUACGUCACGGCGGAAUAAACCAAGUGCAAUGAAACAGUGGUCAUCUACGGACAGACGCGAACGGUGAAGGACGAGCAGUGUUAAUUCGAAUAAUAUUUAUACAAUAUACACCUAGAACCAUAUAUCUAAAAAAAACCAAUGCGGUAACGCUAUGAAUUCCCCCAAACACGCAAAUUAAACGCAACAAAAAAAAACAGUUCCCUUAACGCUGGGAAUGCAUUAAAUACAGCUGUAUAUAACAAUAAUCAAAUGAAUAAAGAUCAGUUUAAAAAAUAACUUUCUCACA